AUGGAUGAACAUCCCGAGAGUGCUCUCCACUAUGGGCACGUAGGAAGAGCUAUCUACCUUCCCGAGACACAAACGUGGUCCUUUUCGCGAUCUUUCGCCAGAGAUAUUCCGAUCUCAUAUACUGGAGUUACAAAGACGACUGUACCGCCACCUGAUCCUGUCUCCCAGUCACAAACCUCGUCGAAACCUAUUCGAACGGCAGACUCGCAACUCAUCCCGCACGUUCUCCCGGAGCUUGCCUCUCAAUGGUCUUCUCUUCGAGAUGACGCCUUUUCCAAAGUCGUCCUUAAUGCAAGCAAUAUCUGCGAUCCACAAGUAUCCUCUUUGCUCGAUCUAGGGUAUGCAACGUAUCAUGGCGCGGAAGACACAAGAGGUCGAGUACCAAUCGCUAUCGCGGCGUCGGUUACCGGGGAGUGCGGCAACACAAUCUCAUUUCGAGUAUUGACGGAUGAGCCUGUAGAGCUACCGUCAGAAGGAUCUGCACUGCGUGUGCCAUGUAUCGGCCAUGCAGAGGUUACUGAAUGGUCCAAGCGAGGAGCCCCGAUCCAGCACAUUUGCUUCGCGCGGCCAUUAGAAGAGAAGAGUACAUGGAUGGCCGCGCGUCUUCAAGAGACGACCACAAUAUUCCGACCUCUGUACCAUCGAGAUCCAGUGCCCAUGUACAUCCCAGACGAUGACACGGCCGCAUUCUCCGCGCCUCUUCGAAAUUCGCGACUCGAUGCAAAUCCCGUAGUGGACAUAUCAAUUUCGCACACUGGCGGUUUCCCGCAUGCUGACGUGACCUUUAACCCAUGGUAUCCGAGACAGCUCGCUAUCGUUGAUACCAGAGGCAACUGGAGCAUUUGGGAAAUAUCUGGUAGACAACGACGACGAAGAGCCACCUGGGCUGCUACGUGUGCAAAGAAAGGCACCUUGCCACAGACGGAUGAUAAGCCUGAUUCCACUCGCCCACGACAUGAUGGCUGGGCAUCCAUUGAAUGGGUUGCCGAUUUCUCAACCCUUUUAGUCUCUGAUCGACGCUGCCUCAUGCUGUAUCGGCUAGCGAAUGGGGAAAGUGACAGUAAUAUCGUUGAACUUGGUAUGACAAGGCAGUCCGAGUGGAUUCUUGAUGUACAACGAAGUACCCAGAAUGUGUCUCACUUUUUUGUCCUGACAACGUCUCGGCUACUCUGGUUUGAUCUCACUACGGCAGCAUCAAAUGAGUACGGUUCAAGAAUGCCGAUACGGCCUCGACAGGCCUGGCGCCAUUUCCGAGACUCUGAAGACAUAACACUACGUUUGAGUGAUCUGCUGAUCAAUGGAGAAUUGCAUAUGGUCCUGUAUUCCAAGCUUACCGAGCUUGUUCAGGUUUUCCCAUGUCCAUUUCUAGCAGACGAGCCCACAGAGUUAGUACCUGCGCCGGAUCCCUUCCUGUUAGAUGUACCAUUGCAAGUCAACGAGUCACUAGUCGAGAAAGACUCGCCUGUCCACUACUCAACCUUGCUCUUUCGUGAAAUCGGCCACACACCUGCAACAGUGGGUAAAUCGCAUUACAAUUCUGACAUGAAGCUCGCCAAGCUAUUCUGGAUUGACUCAACACUUGCCGUUCAUGAGAGCCUUUUCAGGCUUCCGGAUGGAAAGCCCGAGGAAGAGGACGAGAUGCACCUUGAGACCAGCAAGGUCCUACGUCUGAAGAAGCGACACCAUAUCCCCAAAAAGAAAACGGACAUGAGUGAUGAGAACUUCAUUGUGGAUGACUGGGAUGAGACUGUCGCACCUCCCCUGGCGGCUAUCCACCAAAAGCUUUCCAGUGAUUCCGAUAUAGAUCUCCAGUGGACUUUGGACAUGACGUCUAUCUACGCGUCUGCUGUGGCAAACUUGGCUAUUGGCAGAAGUCCUGACAACUCUGAUCCGUUGGGAUCUACCUUUGACCAGCUCAUCCUCGAUCGGGAGAAUGACCUUACCGACAGCUCGGCGGGCUGGGUCUCAACCGAAACGAUGCUUGAGCUGAACCGUGGCCGGCCGGUGCUAGAGGAUAUUGAUGACACCGCCUUCCAUCUGGCACGUCUGGUCUCUACCAUCCUUCCCGAGACGCCUGAUGAACAGGCCCCCUUUCGAUAUAUGAUACUGCCGCAGAAUUUCUCACAUGUCUUGCCUGGCAUGCCAUCCAGCUCCUCAGAUGGACCUUCAAGCUUGGAUUUCCUGAAAACGUACGACCGACUGGUGGAGGAGUGGGUGACUAGCGUCUCGCACGAAAUCCCCCGAUUUACAUGCGUCAUGAAAGAGAGAGUCGUUCGUGGGAUUGCACUUGAUCUCCUUCUAUCACAGAUCGUCCGGAUAUCCAACACAAGUGCCAACGACGUGCCGCAGGAAGCGGAAACCACAGACGUAAAUCGAGCUGUGGAAGAUGAGCCAAUGUCUUCCCAGAAUCUCAGCCAGAUUUUGCCAUCCUCACAACUGCCCAGCAGCCAGAUGACGGUCACGGGAGGAACUAGCUCGCAAGCACCAUCAAGAAAUUCCUCGAAGGAAAACCUGACACCAUCCUAUCGUGGUCUAGCCGCAUUCACUACGUUUAAAGCGCCCCGUCCUAUGGCCCGGAAUGUGGCCAACUUGCUAUCUCACUGGAAACCAGGCGCCGAUCCAUCCGCCUACGAAUGGCAAAAGACCUCACACAUGUUGGAGGAAGAAGAGGCACGACGUACAGGAGGACCGAGUCUACCCCGAAGGAGCCGGUCACGAAGGAAAUCGCAGCAGCCAUCUAUGCCCGACGCUACAUCCCUGCCAGGCACUCCCAUUGCACCCUCCAUUCGAACUUGGGGCAGUCAGCCUGCAGAUGCACUCCCAGCGCUCCCACUGCCGAGCAGUCAACCGACUCUGGAUGAACUCCCGAUGACUCAAAUGGAGCGCGGGCAGUUCGGAGCACGCGAAGUGAAGAAGAGCCAGAAAUCCAAGAAGAAGCGGCGGGCCGCGGGAUUUUAG